GGAGUGGACUCGCUCUGACCCAGAACUCAUGAUGGUCCAUAUGUAUGCAAACGAAGGCGACCAACUUAAUGACCAGGACGGCCUUUACAGAGACCGAACAACAGUGAAUGAAGACCUGCUGAGAACUGGAGACCUCAGUCUGACCCUGAAAAACCCCACAAAGAGAGACAGUGGAGGAUACAUCUGCACCAUCUACAGGGACAAAGACAUCCUGAGACAGAAAGUAGAGCUGCAGGUCAAAGAGCCAUUCCCAUCUUGGGCCAUAGCUCUCCCAAUUAUCCUGGUUGUUCUUGGGGUUUCUGGAGAUCUUUUAUGAAAUAAAAGACCCCCAG